AUGGGGACCUGUCCACCAUUCUAUAUUCUCCUUAUUCUGGGGUUACUUUCCUCUCCUGCCCGUGGAACCAUUUUCGAUAACGCUCAUGGCAUACCCGCAGGAAAGAAGUAUGACUUCAUUGUCAUUGGCAGCGGGGCUGGAGGCGCUGUAAUCGCUAACCGUCUAACGGAAAAUCCUGCAACCUCAGUCCUGGUCAUUGAGGCUGGUGUCUCAGAUAAAGAUCAAUUGAAUAUCACCGUUCCUUUCUAUACCACUCGUCUCUCUCCUAACACUCCAUUUGACUGGAACUUCACAACUGUACCUCAAACUCAUCUGAACAAUCGCGUCCUCACGUAUAACCGAGGAUUUGCUCUCGGUGGGAGCACAACCAUCAAUUCUAUGGCAUACACGCGUGGAACCAUCGACGAUUGGGAUAGGCUUGCUAAACUUAGUGGCGAUCAAGGAUGGUCUUGGGAUAGCAUCUUCCCCAAGUAUGUAUUCAAGAACGAAAUUUUGACUCCUCCUGCAGACGGCCACGACGUUAUGGAGAAUCUUGACCCUGCCUUCCACGGUACAGUGGGUAUCACUGGCACUAGUCCUCCUGGCUUCCCGACUUCCAUUGACGACAAGGUUUUGGUGACUACCCAAGAGCUCAAUGGGGAGUUUCCCUUUAACCACGAGCCGAACAGUGGGAAGCACCUUGGAGUUGGCUGGCAAAUUGUCACCGCUCGUGGUGGCGAGCGCAGUAGCUCGUCAACUUCGUAUCUCGGACCCAAAUUCGUCGUUAGACCUAACCUUGAUAUAGUCUUAAAUACGCGUGUCACAAGGAUUCUCCCUGAAAAUGGAGGCAACGGCGACUUGACGAUUCGGACUGUGGAGUAUGCACAGACGGCUGAUGGCCAAAGACAAACCCUGAAGGCCUCGAAAGAGGUUAUCCUUGCUGGUGGAGUAAUCGGAACCCCGCACAUCCUCCUGCACUCUGGUAUCGGUCCUGCCCAAACGCUCUCCAAACUCGGUAUCGCCUCAUUAGUCGACAAUCCAUCCGUCGGGGGGAACUUCACUGACCAUCCUGGGAUCAGUCAAGCUUGGUUUGUCAACAGCACCGAUACAUGGGAGCUUGCGGUCAGGGAUCCCAAAGUCGCUGCUGCUCAAUUAGUAGAAUGGGAGAAAUCAAGAACGGGACCGCUCACCCGACCUGUACAAAGCCAGUUGGGGUGGUUGAGGUUGCCUGAGAACGCGAAGAUAUUCCAACAAUUUGAGGAUCCUAGCGCUGGCCCAAAUAGUGCACACUUCGAGAUUCUGUUUGCGAAUGGUCUUUCUGACUUUCCGACACCACCAAAGGGCAACUUCAUGUCGAUUCUUACUGCUGUGGUGGCUCCCUUGUCUCGUGGUUUCGUGCACAUCAAUUCAGUCAACCCUUUCGACAAGCCUGUCGUCGACACCAACUUUAUGGAGUCCGAGUUUGAUCUUUUUACAAUGCGCGAGAGCCUUCUCGCUGCCCGCCGAUUCCUGAAAGCAUCUGUAUGGAAAGGCUACAUACUUGAACCAUUCCAGCACAGUAACUCGGAGACGGAGGAGGAGUUGAACGAGUACAUUCGUAACAAUGCACGACCCUUCUGGCAUGGUGUAGGAACGGCUUCUAUGACCCCCGAAGACGCCUCGUACGGUGUCGUAAAUCCAGAUCUGAAGCUCAAGGGCGUGAAAGGUGUCAGAGUCGUCGAUGGAUCUGUUUUCCCACUCGUCCCAACGGCGCAUACCCAGGCUCCGAUAUACAUCCUGGCAGAGAGGGCGGCCGACAUAAUUAAGAAGGAGUGGGAUUUGUGA